GUUUCGGGAUCGAAAGCUAAUCACUGAAGGACGAAACACGGCACAAUACCGACUGAUCGAGAGAGGAAUGGUCUCGGAAUUGUUCAGUUCAGCCAGCAGCCGUUUUCUUAUCUGGAGAAAAUAACAUCCACUGAGCGAGAAGAGGAGCACACCUCAGCGAACAUGUGAUCAUAUUCAAUGGUGAUUUUGGUUUGGAAAUUCUGGUGGGGCCAUGCAGGAAAAUCAUAUAAUGGAAUCCAGAAAUAUCAUGAUCAGUGCCCUCACAAAAAAACACUGUAGCAGGAGAGAGAGGGGACCACAGCACCUGACAAGAAAUAGGGAGUCCACGCCGAACUCUGUCCACCAUGUCUCUGUCUGUCCACCCAGUCAGACGCCUCAUAUCCAGACCCAUCACUAGGAGUCAAAGCUUCACUGGAGUUACAAUCUACGACAAGUCUUACAGGAACCUCUCCGUUUUCAGCACUCCAGGUCUCAGCAGGAAGCCCAGCAGAGCCUACAGGAUUUUCACUAUGUCCAACAAGUCCAAUCCACCACAUAAAGUUCCUCAACCAGAACGACUUGAUCAAGUCUAUGAGGCACUGAAGAAAGGUCUUCAGUCUUACCUGCAAGUUCAUCAGAUGGAUUUGGAUAGCCUCACUAGACAAAUAAAACAAUCAAAGAGAAAUUCCAGACUGGGUUUACUUUAUGAGCUGGACAAGCAAGUGAAGGUAACUGAGAGGUAUAUCAGACGACUGGAGUUUCACCUCAGCAAGAUUGAGGAGCUAUAUGAAGCCUACUGCCUGCAGAAGAGACUAAGGGAUGGAGCCAAUAAAAUUGUGAGGGCAUACACUUCCUCUACAGGAAGUAAGGAAGCAAGGGAGAGUUUAGCUGAAGCCAAUAAAGGAUACAAAGAGUACACAGAGAACAUGUGUGUUUUGGAGAGUGACAUGGAGAACCAGCUGGGAGACUUCCACAUUAAGAUGAAAGGUUUGGCAGGAUUUGCUAGACUGUGUGCUGGUGACCAGUAUGAGAUCUUUAUGAAGUAUGGUCGGCAGCGAUGGAAGCUCCGGGGACGAAUAGAGCUCAAUGGCAAGCAAGUGUGGGACAAUGAAGAGAUGGUCUUUCUGCCACUCAUCAGUGACUUCCUCUAUGUGAAGGUGACAGAGCUGAAGAGCCUAGCCAGUCAUGUGGUUGUAGGAAGUGUUUCCUGUGAAACUAAGGACCUGUUUGCUGCGCUACCCCAAAUGGUUGCUGUGGAUAUUAAUGACCUUGGGACUAUUAAGCUAAGCCUUGAAGUCACCUGGAAUCCAUUCGAUAAGGAUGACAUGGGGUCAGUUGCUAGUACUGUCAACAAAGCACCAUCUGUCAGUAAAAGAUUCUCAACAAUCUUCAAUCAGACUCCACCUGACACACCGUCUUUGCGUGAACAAGCCUUUUAUUCUCUGCCUCGGAGUCUGGCCAAACAGCAGCACUGGCCACUGCUGGACAUCUUCAGAGGCACACUUAGUCAAAGCUGCUCCUGUAAUGACAGCUCACCAACAAGAUCAUUUACUGUAAAUAUGCUCAGGCGACGUGAGGAGUUAGAGAAUGGAACAGCAUGGUCCAAUUCAUCUGAGUCUUCUGAUGACUCCUCAAGCCCUCAGCUGUCUGUACAAGGGCUACACACAACUACCCAUCGAAAAGCAGUAGUGGUGACACCAGAGAUCCAGCCAGCUGUAACAGGAAGUUCCUCCCCACAGCCGGGCAUUUCAUUUUACCCCAGAGAUCCCUCCUCAACGUUGAUGUCCACUGAUAAAGUCAGCACUGUCACUGAGGUUACCAACAUAAACAAACACGGAGUAAAGAAUAACAGGGAUGAAGAGAAGAGAGCAGUUUCCGUGAUAACAGAAUCUGACAGUGAGGAAGAGAUUGCAAGGAAACAAUCUCCCAUAAAAACAGUGGAUCCAUUGAAGACAAACAGCCAUACCUCACGCCAUUACUCACGCUCUCUGAGCCACAUUAGUGAAAGCAGUGCCGAUGCUAUUGUGGUAACAGAUAGGUUAGUCUGUGAAUUUGGGGAGGCAAUGUCUCAGAGCUCCGGGAUCUCCAUCAAUGACAUUGAAAUGGAGAUCCUUGAUAGAACUCCUGAGCCACAGAGCACUGCUACCACAGACACAAACAUGUCACCAAGAAGGCACUGUGUCAUAGAAGAAAACACAAAAACUGAUGGUGUCACAAGUCAACACCCAAUCAGGAAGCAACAGGAUACAUCUAGCUGUGUCCUCACCCACUGCUUACCCUGGACUGAAGAAAUACAGCCUAACUCUGUAUCACAAACAAAUAGAUGCACCCACCUAGAGUGUACACCUUCAGAAAGUGAGGACGAUACAUAUGUGGCCCGGUGGGUUCCUGUGAAGGAGGAAAUAUCUCUCACAGGAGGAGACUAUUUGUACAAGGAAGGUGAUAGUCUUGUAGACAGCAACCUGGAUGAAGCCCUGGGAGCUGUAGUUUCCUGUCUCGAGGAUUGUAGAGGACAGUUCCCAGAGUUACAACUACUGGAACACGAGCUAAAGCUCCUGCAGGUUACCUUGAAGGGUAAGCACAGCCGAUCACCAAGCACGGUCAGCCUCACAUUGGAAACAGUCCUGGGCAGCUUUGACUUUCUCAACACAUCAGACUGGGAGGAAGAGGAGGACGAGGAAGAGUGUUGUGACAAGAGCAGCAGACAUGGCCCGUCUAUAAAGACAAAUGAACGGUCUCCAAAGGAAGGAGACUGGUCAAGUCCUUCCUUCUCCAACUCUCUCACCACAACUGGCUGCGCCAGUCUAGACUGCUCCCUGUUGGUCCACUUGAAGAACUGCAGUAGUCAGUUGUUGCGUUUAGGUAUAUUUGGUCCUCUGCGAUGUAGAGAGAUGUAUGCCUUAGACAGACUGCUGAGAGAGGCUCGUGUCCUUGAAAUCAUCCGACAAAUCACCAAGGACAACCCUCAACGCAUCAGACAGCCUACUGAAGUGGUACCACAGCUCAGCCUCUGUCUAGGUGCUGUGUCACUAUGGCAACGAUGUGUUGGGCAGGGCAAUGCUUACUGCAUAUCUGCUGAGAGCUUCUUGGCUACAUUGUCUACAGUCUACUCCAGUGUUCUUCCUAAAAUGACUGACAGAGUGUGCUUAUGUCUGGUUGAGCGAGUGCUGGGCCAGCAGUUAUCACAGCGAGGCAGCAACAGAGACAGACUGAUGGUGACGUUAUUCCAGUUGUGGAAUUACUUGGACUCCAAUGGUAUCAGUAACAUGGAAAUUCACAUCAGUGAGCUGGCAGAAGAGGUGUGGUUUGUGCAGAGUCUGGGAUCAUGUGACCUGGAUGUGAUUGUCCACACUCUGCGUCAUCCUAGUGAGUGCAGCCUGAGGAGGGAAGGACUUCAUGCUGUGGCCAAACUACUUAAAGAUUCACACGUCAAAGUGUCAGCCUCUGCCAGCUCAGUGCUGAGAGGUUUAGCUGCCCAGCCUGGACAGAGAGAGCAGGCUUUGGUUAGCUGUCUAGAACUGCUGGAAGAUGAGAAUGUGGACACCAGAGUCUGUGGAUGCAAGGCAUUAGCUUGUCUCAAGGCCAAAGAAAGCAUUGAUCAGUUAGUGUAUCUUUGUCAGACAGACAAGGAGGAAGUCCGAGAUGCUGCCAAACAAACACUGCUGGUGCUCGGUGAGGAAGGAAAGAUGGCACACAGACAUGUGGAAACGUCCCAGGACAGUAUGCCGAGACUCUUCACUCCGGGAAGCAUGGCCAGCACAGCUUUCUAACCCGACACACAUCAACACAUCCCACUGGGUGGGAACAAGAACAGAAAGUUAAAACUACAUGAAUGGAUGUUGUGUUUCUGAAAAUGCAAAGGAUAUGAUGAGAAUGUUGUUCUUUUAUGCCAUAACUACAAUGAUUAAAAUGUACAAAACAAACAUUAUAUAGUAUAUGAUAUACAGUAUAUAUACUAUCAGAGAGCUAGCAAAUAAGCAAAUAUACUUAACACUGGGCAAAUCAGAUAGCUACACAUACAGAAAAACAAAACGAAACCAAAAAAAGCUGACAUAGCCGACAUAACAGCCAGCAGACAGUAUUACACACACAACACUUUCUAUUCCAGACCACUGUGAAAUGUCUACUAAUUCAGUUUGAAUAUAAAAUGAAAAAUUUCCACUUGGUCUUAUAUAGUUUUAAAUUUAAUGUGUUAUGUUUACACUGGCAACAGAUUAAAUUUAAACCCUAUAGUUUGAGAGUGUAGAUAACUUCAGUCACUUCUGCACAGAUUAUGUGUUACGCACUUCAGUGCCAUUAUUCUGUACAAUUAUAAGACAUAUAUUAUUUUUAUGAAAAUACACAUAACUAUGGAAUUCAAUAUGUCUUUGUUAUUUGUUUUAUUUGAGCGUAGUCUGAAGUUACAUAAGGAUAUGUCAAUGCUGCAUAAAUUAAAGUACAUUUGAUUUCACAUUAUAUGUAUUGCGGCCCAUGAGCUGGGUCAAAACAGUACUAUUGACGGAGUUGCGGUGAAUGGGUAGUAUUAUGUUUGACCAUUUAUUGUUAAAGGGCCUUUCGAGUGUUUUUGUAUUUUAUGUCAUUUCUCACUGUUAACAUAUUAAAACUUUAAUUUUAAUGGUGCAGUUUUAAAAAUAUAUUUCAACCAAAGCUAAAUAUGGAGCUGAUGUUUACUAUAUGAAUUACCAAACAAAAAAUCAAAUUUCAGUUUUCCAUAGCUUCAUAUUAAUUCAGUAUACAGUCAAAAUUGUGUAAAGAUGUAAACUGUUACACAUUGGUAGACUAUAUUGAGAGCAUAUACAUGUCUCCCAGUCUCUUCUGUACACUAAUACUGUGAUGAAAAGCAUGUGUAUAGAUGUUGUUCUAACAGUAAAAAACAAAAAGUUUUAGCAAUGAACUAAGUAAGGGGACAUUUCUCCUAGUGCCAUUAUCAUUCACUCUGUCCAAACAUGUAAGCAAGCUUAUAGCAUUCCAAUCAGCCUCAAUUUAACUUUGCAUUUAGCAAAAGUUGUUCACCAUUGUACCCACUACAUAGCACCAUGUUACUAUUUCAAUUGAACUGAACAACCUGUUCAAUUCAAUUAUAAUUUUGUAUCAUGUGACCUGAGAAUGUUUAGCUCAGACCACUGCUGUGCCUUUGUACAGUUUUACAUUAGCCAUUAGUUUAGAUAUGAUCUUUUUUAUAUGUUGUUUUUGCUUUUAUACCACUGUACAGUUGUUUCUCUAUAUGGUCAAUUUUACCAACAACAUUCAAAACACAGUAAAUUUAGUCUAAAUACUGAAAAGUUUAACUGUACCUUGGUGUUUAACUUUUCCUGUGUGAACAUGCCUUAUACCAAAGAGAAAUCAGCAAAGACUAUGCAAACAGAUCACAUAAAGUUAGUUAAUUUAUUCAUUAUGAAUGUAAUUUCUUCAGAUUGAAAAAAAAAAAAUGAUUUAAAUUAUGCAAAUUUUGGUAAACAGACUGUGAAAUCUGAGACUAAUAAACACACAAAGUUAUUUGUUUCCACAUAGCCACAUGCUUAAAUAUUAAAGGCGAUCAUAAAUUAAUCUUGUACUGUUGUGUGGUAAAAACUGUCAUCUAGAUAUAGUUUUGACAACUGGAUGUAAUGAGUGAUGAGAUAAUUAACCAGCUGUAUAUUAUGUUCUGUUUGAAUAUUAUAUAAUAUAGUUUAUUAUGAGUAAAACUAGGUAGUGUCACUGAAAUCUUAAUGUAUAUGUGAGAAUUUACUUGGUAAAUAUGGAGACUACCACUGUUUUCAAUGUUCUUUUCUAAAGGGCAACAGAGAUCCGAUAAAUCAUCUAUAAAUCCUCUCGGUUUUUAAGUGCCUCGAUGUUUGAUAGAUAGAGAAAUGGUGAUAGCAUUGAAAAACACUCUGCAGUACAUUACAUUUUUCCCCACACGCUUGAUAAACUGCAACAUUGGAUUUUCUUGUAUUUGUUUUCUAGAAUAUAAUGUACAAAAUUUUCCAGGAAUUGUUUGUCAGAUAUAUACAAACUAUUAAAAUGUGUUCAAACAUUA